CACAAUGGGUAUGUACGUACAUUUGCUUGCAACUUUUCUGAAACAAUGGCUGCUACUACUUCACCUGCACUCUCAUCUUCCUUUCUCUCUACAGCAAUCCCUGCAACUCAUUCUCAGAAUCAGCUAUUUUUUCUCCCCCUUAAUCACAACUUGAAAAUCACUAAAAGGGCCUCGUUCAAGAUUCAGGCUGCAAAACUUCCUGCCGGAGUGGAGUUGCCAAAGGAAGUACCAAAAUUGAGCAGACCAUUUCUGGGAUUUACAAGGACAGCGGAGAUAUGGAACUCUAGAGCUUGUAUGAUUGGUCUUAUUGGAACAUUCAUUGUGGAACUGAUUUUCAACAAAGGAAUUCUUCAAAUGAUUGGCGUAGAUAUUGGAAAAGGCCUUGAUAUUCCACUCUAAUCGUUGUAUAUGUUUAAUUUCUUCAUGCACAGACUCCAAUUCUGUUAUGUAUUCAGUAAUGUACGACAGUAAUACAUUCAAUUUUGAAACCUCUUCUAGAA